UGAGAAUUAGUGAGCGCAGGACAUAGAAAUAAUAUAGGAUAUAUCAACAGGAUUGCGUUAUAAGGCGAUUGGAAGAUGAUAUAAUACUGUCUUAUUAGACAAUAGUUAUUUUACAGCUAUGUCAGGAAUACAUCAAGUUUAUAAUUUUCUGAUCUAGGUGUACUUUUCAAUACUAUACUUCAAAAAUGGUUAUUUGGAGCAGAGGAUACAAGGAUCAAUGAGACCAAUACUUCGGGCAUUUAUUCACCAGAUGAUAAGCUAUUAAUGAUACACAUGUAUACUGGUUGACAAGUGAAUUCGAUGCGGCAAGAGUGUCUCGAAAAUCAUGCACUAGGGAGGAAUUUCCAGUUUGUAAUCAUGGAUCUAAAAAACGCUGAUUUGACGUCACCUGGUCUAUAGAGUCAUCGAGUUGUUGUCUCCAACAAACAUUAAAUGUCAGAUAAAAUGGGUAGUCAAACUUGGACUCGUUGGGACUUGUUACGGUUUGGCGUGGAUGAGCCAGAUUGUACAAAAGGAAAGGGAAUGAACACGCAGCGGUAUAUACAAAUUAAUAGGUCAGUUCGAAAACGUUCAUAUGUGCCCCGGAUAAUGAUUCUCAUUGGAGUUAUCGUAAUGUGUUUUCUAUGCAUAUUUUACCAAACUAAUACCCAAGAUGCAGAUAUACCUAACCAUAAUGGAGGCGGAACAUUUCGUAUUGAAAAUGGAGUAAAUCUUCGUAAACUUUUGAACACGACAGAAUCUAAUUCUGGAGGGGGCCUAUAUCCCCCAAGAGCAUUUACAAUGGAGCAACUUAGAUCAGGUGCAGUUGUGCUACACGCCAUAGGAAUGCUUUACAUGUUUGUCGCCUUAGCCAUUGUUUGUGAUGAAUUCUUUGUACCUGCCUUGGGAGUCAUAACCCAGAGGCUUGACAUAUCAGAGGAUGUCGCUGGCGCCACCUUUAUGGCUGCUGGUGGAAGUGCUCCGGAAUUAUUCACUUCUUUAAUAGGGGUUUUUCUCGCCGAAAGCAUGGUAGGAAUCGGGACAAUCGUAGGUUCUGCAGUAUUCAAUAUUCUUUUUGUCAUAGGCAUGUGUGCAAUCUUCAGUAAGGAGGCUUUAAAAUUAACUUGGUGGCCGUUGUUCCGUGACGUCACCUUCUAUAGUAUCAGUCUUGCAAUGUUGAUUGGAUUCUUCACAGACAGUAUGGUAUAUUGGUACGAAGCCUUAUGUCUCUUCAUAUGGUAUUUCGUCUAUGUCAUUUUCAUGAAGUACAACGAAAAAAUUGAAGCCAAAGUUAAAUCGUUGCUCAGAAGGAAAAAAGUUCACGAGGUUCACGUUAGUACAGAUGACCUGCUAAAGAAUGAAGAACAACCAAUUCCAUCUGGGCGCCCUCAGCGUAGUUGCAGUGUGCCCAUACUGCGUGUGGGGAGCAGUAAGUACAGACAGGGUGUAUUACAGCUGAUGAUCCAUACCAUAGACCCUCUUCAUGAUGGACGCAACAUGGAAGAAAAAGCCCUACAGCUCCAUGCACUUGCGACAGUGAAGGUCGUUAUGAACACUCGGCCAAGUCCACAAACAAACAACAAUCAGUCAGACUCUGGUAAAACUAGUGAAAUCCCAACAAUUACUAAUGGCCAAAUAAGUGGUCAUGUGACAGUGAAUGGUGUCAAUGGAACCAUAACUGGCGACAUCAUGCCUGCCUCUAAUGGCUAUAAUGCCAACAAUCCUAUGUAUAUAGAUACUGCUGAAACUGAGGAAGAAAGCCGUGGUCCAGACAAGAUUAGUCGAUCAACUGUAAAUAGCCUGGAAAGUGACACUAGUAGAUCAACUAUGAUCACAACUAUAUCUAAUACUACUGAUAGACAAGUGAUCAUGCAUAAUACAUCAAUUGAUACCAAGGAUGAAAGUGAUUCCGAUGCUGUAAGUGUUUCCAAGGAAAUUGCAGAGCUUGAGGAAGAAAAUGAACCAUUAGAUAUGAGUUGGCCUGAAGGAUGGCGGAAACGUGUCACUUACGUACUUGUUGCUCCACUUACCUUUCCAAUGUGGCUCACUCUACCUGAUGUACGGAGACCUGAAAAGGAGAGGUGGUUCCCAAUAACAUUCCUUGGCAGUAUAAUCUGGAUCAUGGGCUUCUCCUAUUUGAUGGUCUGGUGGGCCACUGUUAUAGGAGAUACCAUUGGCAUUAAUCCAGAGGUGAUGGGUAUAACAUUCCUAGCUGCAGGAACAUCUAUCCCAGAUUUGAUCACUAGUGUCAUAGUGGCCAAGAAGGGCUUUGGUGAUAUGGCCGUCUCCAGUUCAGUUGGUAGCAAUAUAUUUGACGUCACCGUUGGGUUGCCGUUCCCAUGGCUGCUAUGGUACGCCAUCUAUCAGAGGCCAUCAAUCAAUGUGGACAGCGAUGGUCUCUUCUGCUCCAUCGUUCUUCUCUUCCUGAUGCUUAUACUCGUCAUUACUGCCAUCGCCAUCUUCAAAUGGCAGAUGUCCAAGGCUCUUGGGGCAUCCAUGUUCGUUCUCUAUGUAGUUUUCCUAACUAUAAGCUUGUUACUGCUGGCCAACAUCAUUCCCUGUCUAUUAUCACCCUAGAUAUUUACGGAGACCAGACAGGUGAGACAAAAACUGUUAAUAGCCCCAGGUACAUGGGACUCAAGUACUUGGGACUCAACAGUCAAAUGCCUGAUUGAUCUAAACAUCAGGAUUUCAUAAAUAUGCAGUAAUGAACCCAAGAAUGACUACUAGAGAGGUGCAGAAUCCUAGAAUGACCUGGAUUAAGCCUGGACUCCCGAGGAUAUGCUUAGACAUCCUAGAAUAGGUCUGCCCAUCCUAGAAUAGGCGAAGGCUUUCAAGAUUAAGUCUGAAUGCUCUAGAAUAUGCCUAGACAUCCUGAAAUAGGCCUGCAUGUCAUACAAUAGGCCUUGAUAUCACAGAUGCGACCCAUGACCCCCUAGAUGAGGCUAUAUUUCCAGAGAUUGGGUAUAUAUGCGAUAAAAUUGUCAGUUGCCAUAAUUACUGGAUUCCUAAAUGUGAGACCACAUAUCAAUUUGGUGCGGUGAAACAAUGUUAGUAAAGUGAAAGUUGGAACAGUAAUACAAAUACCAUGCACACAAAACCGGUGAUGAAGUUGCUACGACAACUACUAUGAGUAGCGAUGACAACAUUAACACAGUAAAGGCAUCAUUUGAAAACCGAAUGUUCACAACUUUGACCAGAGAAGAGUAAGAUUUUGUGACUAUUGAAAUGGAGAAAUCCAUGAGCAAGAAGACGUGAAACAUAUGAGCCUACAGAAACAAGACAUAUUAGCUCAUUCACCAACUCAAUCUGGGGUUCAUUUUGGGUAUGAUCGUAACUUACGAUUCCAAGAAAACCAUUGUCUACUUUUUGACAAACACGUAAUUUACGACAAUUCCAAAAACAGACCCUGCAUGGA